AUGAACAGUGAACUCAAAGAGAGGUCCCUGUCAAGAGGGGGCAGUGGGAGCCCGACGGCCAUCACCGGCAUCCACCCCCAAGGCGAGGUCGCCGACAGUAGAAAGAGAGCGACGGCCGUCGGGAACUAUCGGGACAACUUCGAUCCUCCCUCCAUUCUCUUUUCUCUCUCUCUGUCUAACCUCACCGACGUCCUCAUCUUCGACCUCAGUGGCGGGACCUUUGAUGUCUCCAUUUUAACCAUUGAGGAGGGGAUCUUCGAGGUCAAGGCUACCGCCGGAGACACUCAUUUGGGAGGCGAGGAUUUCGACAGCAGGUUGGUGAAUCACUUCGUGCAAGAAUUUAAGAGGAAGCACAAGAAGGAUAUCAGAGGGAAUGCUCGGGCCCUGAGGAGGCUGAGGACCCUGUGA